AUGAGUGUGUGGAUAAACGACUCGUCCUUGGACCCGUUCACCGGCUCGCAGGCGCCUGCGCCGGACACUAACGCCACGGCGAACCGGACCAAGCACGACCCGCCGGACCUGAGUCGGGCGGUGCCGGUGGGCAUGGUGCUGGCCUCGUUCAUCGGCUUCGCCAUCGUGGGCAACCUGCUGGUCAUCUUGUCGGUGGUGUGCAACCGCCACCUGCGCACGCCCACCAACUACUUCAUCAUCAACCUGGCCAUCGCCGACCUGCUGCUCAGCACCACGGUGCUGCCCGUGUCCGCCACGCUGGAGAUUCUGGACUACUGGGUGUUCGGCCGCAUCUUCUGCGACAUUUGGGCCGCGGUGGACGUCCUGUGCUGCACGGCGUCCAUCAUGUCGCUGUGCGUCAUUUCCAUCGACCGCUACAUCGGCGUCCGUUACCCACUGCAGUACCCGGUCAUUGUGACGGAGAAGCGCGCACUGCUCGCCAUGCUGGGCGUCUGGAUCCUGGCCAUUGUCAUCUCCAUCGGACCGCUGCUCGGAUGGAAGCAGCCGCCGUCGCAGGAUGACAUGGAGUGCGUGAUCACACAGGAGCCGUUCUACGCCCUCUUCUCGUCGCUGGGCUCCUUCUACAUCCCGCUGGCCGUCAUCCUCGCCAUGUACUGUCGCGUCUACGUGGUGGCAAAGCGCACCACCAAGAACCUGGAGGCAGGUGUGAUGAAGGAGCGGCAGCAGGACUCCAACGAGCUCACCCUCAGGAUCCACUGCCGGAACCAGCAGAUCCAGGACCUGUGCGCCACCUCCAAGACCGGAGGCGGAGGGGCGACCUCGGCCGGACGCAGCACGUUGACCGUCAAACUGCUCAAGUUCUCCAGGGAGAAGAAAGCAGCCAAGACGCUGGGCGUGGUGGUGGGCAUGUUCAUCCUGUGCUGGUUGCCCUUCUUCCUGGCUCUUCCGAUCAGCUCUUUUAACAGAAACCUGCGCCCUCCCGAAACCUUCUUUAGGGUCAUUUUCUGGCUGGGCUACUUCAACAGCUGCCUGAACCCCAUCAUCUAUCCCUGCUACAGCCGCGAGUUUAAGCAGGCCUUCAUCCGGAUCCUCCGCUGCCGUUGGAAGCGGAAGCGCCAGGGCUGGCAGGCGUACUACAACUACCGCUGCCAGCAGGGCUCCAACAACUCGUCCUACCUGAACGGCAGCCAACAGACGCUGUCCUCCGUCGGCCACAGCCCCCGAUGCGUCGCCCCCAAGGGCCACCCGCCGCAUUGGUCGUCCUCCUCCAACAACCGUAACCUCCUCCCGGGAUCGGACGCACGAGGACGGGAGCUCGGCCCGGCGUCCCCGCUCGCCAAGGAAGCUGGCGGGCGAGACAGGGGUGUGAAAAAGCCGUAA